AUGGGGCAAUAUAGAUCAGGAUUUAAUCAAGGAUCCCGUUUGAAACAUAAGUUAAUGAAGCAAGAACAUGGACCCAGCAAGGAUUUCAAUUUGCUAAAGGUUGCAUAUGAUCCAAACGGAUCUUUCACUGUAUCUGAUAAUGCCUUUUUUAAGCAACGUACCCCACUGGGUAAUACAGUCUUACACUUGGCAGCUAGCGAUGGGAAUGAUGCAAGGGUAAAAGAGGUAGCUCAACAUGCUCCCCAACUUUUCACUGCUAUUAACAACAACUAUGAUACUGUGCUUCAUGUUGCUGCAAGAAUGGGACACGGCUCUACCAUUAAGUUAAUCUUGAACGAGUUUUUGCUUUUUGCCAGACGUGAAACAAAUGGUCAUGAUGAUCAUUCCAUUUUGGAAAUGAUGCUUCUUGUAUCACUAACUUUGUUUCGAAAUAAACAAGGGAACACCUUCCUCCAUGAGGCAUUUAUGACCAAUAGCCGUAAUGGCGCUGUGAUUUUCAAAGCUUUUGAGGCUUCUUUCAGUGCAGAUGGCGGUUCAGACUUUGAGGCCGAGUUUAAGAGAAUUACUCAUCAUUUAGCACCAUUUGCAGUCAACGUGGAAGGGAAAUCAUUAUUGUACUUGACCAUUGAGGUUAACUGUGACCGAGAUCUUGUUGAGCAAUUGAUGGAGUUCUGCAUUGAAGAUGAGCCGGAGCUGCAAGGAAGAUCACCCCUUCUUCCCACACUCAUCAAGAAGAAUUUUGAUAUGCUAGGAGCCAUAUUGAGCAAGAAACCAGAUUGGAUACACUUGAGAGAUGAAGAAGGAUGGUUUCCACUUCAUUCUGCAGCGCGUUUGGGUUACCUUCAAGGUGUUUCCUCCUUAGUGGAGAAAUGUCCUUCUUGCACCAUGGAAAGGGACAACAAUGGCUACUUACCGAUUCAUCUAGCAUGUGUUCAUGGUCACGUCGAAAUAGUUCAAGAGUUACUAAAUUGGUGCCUAGAUCCCACAGAGAUUGUAACUGAACGUGGCCAAAAUUUGCUCCAUGUUGCAUGCAAAUAUGGAAAUUAUGAAGUAGUCAGGUACUUACUCAAACAACCCAAGCUUGAGGUAAUGAUAAAUCAAAAAGACAUGGACGGGAAUACUCCCUUGCAUUUAGCUACCGAGUCCCGGCAUCCCAAAAUUGUGUAUGCCCUGACAUGGGACAAUAGAGUGGAUCUUUCUUUACUUAACCGUGACAACCUAACGGCUCUAGACAUCGUAGAAGUAUAUCAAAGCAUGAGUAUUUCCCUUUCAGAGCGACUUACAUGGAAUGCAUUGAUAUCUGCUGGAGCACCUCGAAGUUCUGUGAGAUUUCAUCCAGACCUUAAGUCCCGUAUUCCAACCACUGAACAAUAUAAAGAUAGAAUUGACACUUUGAUGGUGGUUUCAACCCUUAUAAUAAUAACAUCAUUUGCUGCUGGGUUUACCAUCCCAGGUGAUGAAGAUCAAGGCAUUCCCUUCUUGCUAAAACACCGUGUGUUCCAUUUAUUCAUUCUCUCCCUCACAAUUUCUGUGUUUGGUGCUAUAAGUUCCACCAUCAUUCUCAUAUGGGGUCGACUAGGGGAUCUCCAUCUAGCAGUUUUUGCUCUUACUUGUGCAGUGCCUCUUCUAAGUCUGUCCCUGACAGCACUAUCUGUAGCAGUUUUGGCUGGCAUGUACCUUGUAGUUAGCAAACUUAGCUGGCUUGCCACUAUAUUUUUGCUGAUUGGUGUGGUUUUGAUCCUUGUGGUUGUAUUCUUGUACUUGCUGCUUCUGUUGCCUUCCUCUUCAACCUUGCCGUUCUUUCGAUAUAUUUCCUAUUAUCCCUUCCUUUUCUUUGCAAACAUAGCUCAAGGGAAAAUGGAUGCCAACAAGAUGAGAUCUAAAGCUAUCGUUCAAUUGGUGUAA